UUGGUGUUUUUUCCGGCUGAUGGGCUGGUACUGUUGGUGUCAGAACAGUUAGGUGAGCAGGAGGCUAAUGGCUAAAGUGGAGCUGACGCCGCUCAGACCAUGGGAUGACUUCUUCCCCGGCUCGGAAAGAUUCGCUAAACCGGACUCCAGAGACUUGGCGAAAUGGAACAACAGGGUUGUCAACAACCUGCUUUAUUAUCAAACAAAUUAUCUAGCUUUGGCCAUCGUUGUUUUCCUCGUUGUCGGGUUCCUGAACCCUCUGGGGAUGUUCACAGCCAUGGCCGUGGUGUCGACCGUCUUCCUGGGUUCAGUUUGGGCUGGAGAGAACAGAGCUGUGAUCAGCAACUUUAAGAGACAGAAUCCCACAGCGUUUGUGAUCGCUGUCAUGGUGGCCAGCUACAUCUUAAUCUCAAUGCUGGGGAGCGUCAUGGUGUUUAUGUCUGCAAUCACUUUACCUCUGGCUUUGAUAUUUGCACAUGCUUCCUUUCGCCUGCGCAACAUGAAGAAUAAACUGGAGAACAAGAUAGAAGGAGCCGGACUGAAGAGGUCACCCAUGGGGAUUUUGCUGGAGGCUCUUGGUCAGCAAGAGGACAACUUACAAAAAAUCCAGAGCUUUCUGGAGGGAAAACUGAAGGAGUGAUCGGACUUAAUGCACACGUGUUCUUCUGGCUGACGCAGCUUGACUUUUUUUCUUUGGAUUAUCUGUGCACGUCUCAGUCUAAACCUCUUCAUGUUAGUUUCACAUAUGAUGUUUUCAACUGUGUGUUUGUUUUGAAAAGACAGCUUGUCAGAAGGGCUUUAUCUUAACCUCAGGGUAUCUGUCACUCCACCCAGAACUUGUCAGGGCACUUUUCUUAAACAGUAAUGAGUGCACCUCACAUCUCUGCUAUGCAAUGUGUCAGUGUUCCUGUGCAGCGCAGCUGCAGACUGUAAGAAGUCUGUGUUUAAUAAGUUUCAGAACAGAACAGCCGUCUGUCCUGCCAGUUUACGCUCGGCUAAAAAUGUGAAAGCAAAUGCAAGUGUUGAUUUCUAACAAAGACGAAAAAAUUGCCCACUAAAA